UAUACCUCUUUCUCAAAAACUCUCCCAUAAAUGGAGGUUCAUUUGCAAAUGACUCCCAAUAUUACGAAGUUGGGAAAAUCAGGGCAUAUAAUUUCUUUUAAGCUCAACAGUACCAUUUCAUGUAGAGCAAAUGAACUGGCAAUACCAAAAACAAAGACAAACUUUUAUGAGGUACUUUCUCUUGGAUCAGAGAAUGUAGGGUUUGAUGAGAUCAAGAAGGCUUAUAGAAGCAUGGCUCUUCGAUACCAUCCGGAUGUUUGUCCUCCUUCCGAAAAAGAGCAGUCCACGAAACGAUUUAUGGAGCUUCAAAAGGCGUGUGAAACACUCUCCAAUCCAGUUUCACGUAAAAUGUAUGACUAUUAUGAGUUGGGUUUGGUCGAUCAUAAAGCAGGGUAUGGGAUGGAGAGCUUUUGUAUGGAGAAAAGGAGGUCUAUGUUUCCCAAAGAAGUGUGGGAAAACCAGCUCUCUGGGUUGAAAAAAAGGUCCCAAAUCAGAAUGAAGAGGAAAAAUAGUAGAUGUCAUAGGAAUUGAUUAUUUAAUAAAGCAUUCAAUUUGUAUCGAAGUCUUAAUUUGUACUGUUGAUAAUAUAUUUGAGCAUUUAUAGCAUUUAUGAAUAUA